GAUCCUUUUAUAUAUAGAAGCUACAGGCUCAAAGCCUUCCAAGGACAUCCUCACUUGCUUCCAUGAACCCACAAUUAUCUGGAUUGGGUCAAAAUGGGCAAUCGGCUUUGAUGCAAAAUACCUUAUUGCAGCAGCCGUGGUUGAAGCAAAUGCAACCAUCAGUUUCUGCUCCAGGCUCUCCUUCGUACCAUCUACAGCAACAGCAGAGACAGGCUUUCCUGCAACAACAACUUGCUUCAUCGCCUCAAAUGAUUCAAAAAUCCAUGGCUUUGAACCCGCAACAAAUAUCACCACUAAUUCAGCAGCCGCCACAGCUGGGCACACAGCAACUGCAGCAGCAAGAACAACAACCACAGCCACAGCCACAAUCACAGUCACAGCCACAGCCACAACCACCGCCACAACCACAACAACACCAACACCUACAUCUACAACAACCUUUGCAACAGCGGCAACACUCUCCAAGGAUGUCAGGACCCACUGUCCAGAAAUCGUUUAGUUUGACUGGAUUACAGCCUGAUACUCCUGCAUCUGACGCAACAACACCAAGAGGGACUUCAAGCCAUGGAAUAGAAGCAAGCAAUCAACUUCUUGGAAAGAGAAAAAUACAGGAUCUGGUUUCACAGGUGGAUUCAAGGGGGAAGUUGGAUCUUGAAGUUGAAGACCUUCUUCUAGAGAUAGCAGAUGAUUUUAUUGAUUCGGUUACAACAUUUGCAUGCAAUCUGGCGAAACAUAGGAAAUCUUCAAUACUAGAAUCCAAGGAUUUAUUGCUGCAUUUAGAAAAAAAUUGGCAUUUGACAAUUCCAGGGUUUAUGAGUGACGAGCAAAAGUACCAAAUGAAAUCUUUGUCAGGGGAUCUCCACAAGAAGCGCCUUGAGAUGAUACGCUCAGUAACGGAAUCCUCACAACCUGAAACAAAUGCAAGUAAUGCUAGAGACAUGAACAGACUCGGUGUUAGCAACUCAGUUGUUGUUAACCACCCAAUUAGAUUGUCCCCUGGUUCAGACCUGGUUUCAAAAUCCAUCAGUUCUUCAAUACCGCAGCAAGUUCCUCAGUAUUGAUGGCUAUAUCAUCCUCACUUCUUUAUCCAUGUUGAUUGAGCUUCAUUUUGUGGAACUCUUUGGUUCGAUGAAUGAAAAUGUUAUCUUUCAUCAUUGACGAGAUUUUUAGCACCUAACUUCCAUGAGGGAUGCCUGCUUGCUUGAUGGUCCUCAAUGCAGUUUUUUCUUUUGGACACCUACUCUUUUAAGUUAUGCCAUAUUUAUCGUACGCUUUGGUAUCUCCCUUAGCUGUAACAAUCCUUUAUCUUUUUCUUGAUGUGAUCCAUGAGGAACAUUCAUGAAGCCUCUCUGUAUAGGAAGAAGCCUGGUACUACAAAAGCUGAUUGAUAGGGACAGUGUAGGAAAAAAGAGCCAUGAAUUUGUCGCAGUUUAUUCUGUUUAUAUUAUCGAAAGAAAAGGCCAGAAGGUAGAACUGUAGAAGCGACUUUGUUUAAUCAUCAAGGCCCAAAUAAAUGUUACAUUUUUGAGAAA